AUGUCUGCACCAAACCAAGGACGACAGUCUCCUGAACCGGAGCGACAAUCCGACGACCAACUUCAGGCACAUCCAGGUCAGCCAGGCAGUGGAAAGCUUGACAACUCGAAAGCCAAGAACGAAGGCAAAGAUGACCAGCUUUCAGGUCUAGAGAGCAAUCCAAAGCACCCACUCGAGGACCAUGCAAAGGAGGCCACAUCAAAGACCGAGAAGAACACAGAUGCAUAG